UGAUGUUGUAAAGAAUUUAGCAUGUGAAAAGGGUAUACGUGCGCGGAGAAAGGGCGUUUCUUUAUUAUUUCGACAUAUCUGAAACCCUAGUCAGCUUUUCUCUCUUAUUGUUCUCAUCUCAAACUUGAGAUCUUGUUCUCUACUUCUUUUGCCAAUCGGUGAAUUACAUACAUCUCAAUACACAAUGUUGCGUUUAUGGUUUGACGGUUAUGUGUUGAGUGAUGUUAUGAAUGCUCUUCAGCCUACGCUAAACGGACCUAAUCCGGUUUUGACUUUCUCCUCCAGCGGGUUCCGAUUGUAUGGCACAGAUCGCGAAACAUUAACCAUUGUGAAUGCUGUUAUCAAUGCUCGGAAAGAUAUCAAAUCUAGUGAUCCUGACACUGGUUACAGUGACCGUGAGAUUACCAUGCGGUUGAAUAUGAAUCGUUUGGCUGCAAUUUGCAGGGCUAAUUGCGGUUUCAUCAUCUGCAUCGAGGUCAACCAAGGAGAGAACACCAUCUCUUUCAAGCCCAAUGCAAACUUGCCGCCAGCUACCUUGAAGUAUCUUGAGAAUCCGGACUCUGACAUCUGUAGGCCACAAGUUAAGAAAUUGCAUUAUCAUGCCACUGUGAAACUCCCAUCAUCUAUGUUUACUAGGAUUAUCGGUGAGAUUUGCUGCACCUAUGGGCAUCGUAAGAUCAUUCGUUGCGUAGAGCCCAGAUUGGGAGCUUUAUCAGUUCCUGAUCCUGAACCUAGCAGCCUAGCAGAUGAUGAUUUUAGGAUAUCUGUGACCAAUGAAGGCAUUAAGUUCUCUAUCCGAGGUUAUUUUGUAUUUGUUAAGCGGGACGAAGCACUCUCCUUCAAGAUCAAACAACCGGUGUCCUUAACUCUUAAAGCUGACCUUGUGGAACGGUUAAUUUAUGCUAGUAUUAAGUCUGAUUCAGUAACCAUGCGUCUUUAUCCAGAGUAUCCUCUUCGGUUCCGAUUCAGACUUGAUAAUGGGCAGAUGUACAUUUACACCGGAAAAGGCCAUAUCGUGGGUACAACAGAGUUUACAUUUCGGCAUCAGAAGAUGACAAUGAAGGCCAUACGUUACGAAGGAGACAGAAUAAAAAAUCCAGAGGCGGAAAAGGAUGUCGUGCGUUUUGAUGUGGCAGUGAUACCUGAUUCUGCAAUUGAAAACUCACGUGGCUGGCUAAGGAGUAAGCCUACGUUCAGAAAGAAAGAAGACAUAAGGCCUGAAAGAAAGUGGAAAAAAAAAACGCAGCUGUUUCCGUAUCAGUUUUGAUCGGCUGAGAAGAUUUCGGGAUCGCAGAAACGGACGGAGUAAUUCUCGACCAGAGAUGGACGUUUCCGAAUAGGGCGGCUGCACCAAAAAUAAAUAGAGCAGCAAGAAAAGGAGGAAGGGAGAAGAAAAAACGCAGCAGCAAGGUCAAGGAAGAAGAGAAGAGAGAAGGGGCGCAGACCAGACAAAACAGCAAGCCUAUUGCCUUCCUUCGGGCAGUUUUUCCAUCUUUAAGUUCUGCAAUUUUUAGUUUAAUUUGGUUCUGUUUAAAUUUCAGAUGAAUAUCAGUAGCUAAACUUUAGUUUUCCAAUUCCAAGUUAAUACUCUGUAGUUUAAUUUGUCAGAUUUUUAUGCUGAAUGAUUUAUUUGCCAUAGUAUUCUAUAUUUGUAUGAAUUAAUUUCAGUUGAAUUCAUGAGAUCAGUAAUUUGGAUGCAUACUUAUUUACUA